UCACACCACGCUGCAGCACACGGGGCCCAGCUGUCUCCAUGUGCUUCAGUGGCUCUGUGGGGUUCUGCUGCCUCCUCCUGUUUCUCUCUGUGUAUGGCCUGGCUGUGGCCUGGCCGGGGUGGCUGGCUGUGGGCCCGACUGCUCUGGUCCUCCUCGUCUGUGGCAUCUUUCCCCCUCUAUGUGCCGGACUGGGCACCCUCUCACGGCCUGGAUCCGCCUCUGUAAACCAGAUAGGGCCCUGCACCUGCUGGGCUGGCUGAGCUGAGCAGGCUGGCGGGGUGGCCUUGGCAAGCUGACCUCGCCCCAGACGCCUCCACCUGGCACUGCUCUGUGCUGGGGGCUCACUUGGGGCCCACUCACAGGGCUGAGGCUGUCUUGGGCCCGUGCUGGGCAGGGGGUGUCCGUUUCCUGUGCUGCUCAGGUGCCCAGGUAAGGGCCCUGCAGGUGGGUAUGCAAGGUCAGGGAGCAGCUGCUAGAAGAGGGGGGUCACACGUGUCCCCUGAAGGAGCCCUGCUGGUGCUGUACUGAACACCAGGUUUGGGAAGUGGCUGAGGGACAGGGUUGAGGGUGGCCGUGGGAGGGAGGGCUUUUCCCACACCUGCUCUCCCGACCUUGAGUGAUGUGCAGCUUCUGCCAUACUCCUCCCCCCCCCCCCCACCUCCAGGAAGCCCACCUGGCCUCCAGCCCCAGCUUCUGUCCUGCAUGUGCCCUGGCUCCUGGGGGCCUCUCAUCUCCCUUCCAUUGCUGCUGUCUCCAGCUGCAGUCCACACUCACCAGCCGUGUGGCUCCUCUCGCUGGGAGGGCUCGGUGGGGAGUGGUUGUGGCCCUGUGGCCCUCGGGGUCCCUCUAGGAGUCUGGCAUGCGCACCCCUGGGACUCAGGGCACACCUGGGAGCCACUUGGGGUCCAUUCCCACCCCACCCCUCCCCCUACUUUGGGUUGGCCAAAGGUUCCCAGUGUGUCCUUGUGUGUCUGUGUGUGUCCCUGUGUGUUCAUGUGUCCCUGCAUGCCUGUAUGUGUCCCUCUGUGUGUCCCUGUGUGUCUCUGUGUGUGUCCCUCUGUCUGUGUGUCCCUGUGUGUUCAUGUGUCCCUGUGUGUCUGUGUGUGUCUUUGUAUGUCUGCUCCUGUGUGUCCCUAUGUGUCCAUCUGUGUGUGUCUCCAUGUGUGUCCCUGAAUGUUUGUGUGUGCCCCUCUGUGUCUGUGUGUCCCUGUGUGUUGCUGUGUGUCCCUGUGUGUCUGUGUGCGUGUUCCUGUGUGUUCAUGUGUCCCUGCGUAUCCAUGUGUCCCUGUGUGUUCAUGUGUCCCUGUGUGUCUGUGUGUGUCUGCCCAUGUGUGUCUGUGUGUGUGUGUCUCCGUGUGUGUCCCUGCAUGUCUGUGUGUGUCCCUCUGUGUGUCCCUGUGUGUUGCUGUGUGUUCAUGUGUCCCUGUGUGUCUGUCUAUGUCUCUGUGUGUCCAUGUGUGUGUCCCUGUGUGUCCCUGCAUGUCUGUGUGUGUCCCUGUGUGUUGCUGUGUGUUCAUGUGUCCUCAUGUGUCUCUGUAUGUCCCUGUGUGUGUCUGUCUGUCCCUGUGUGUGUGUCUGUCUGUCCAUGUGUGUCCCUGUGUGUGUCUCCGUGUGCUGACAGGAGGGGCUGGCUCCACAAGCACUAGGGGAAAAGUCAGUGUGGGGAGUGGCUUCCCUGGGGUGAAGGAACUGCAGACAGGGCUGUCCCCGAGGCACGCACAGGGAGGGGCCUGGGUGCUGGCCGGGAUGGGGGAUGGCUGUACCUGUCGUGCCCCAUCCUCAAUGCAGCUCCCUGCAGCCUGCUGUGAUCAGCAGAGCAUGGAGCCCCCUCGUGUCCCCACCCGGACCGUGCUGUUCCAGCGGGAGCGGACCGGCCUGACCUACCGCGUGCCUGCACUGCUCCCCGUGCCCCCUGGGCCCACCCUGCUGGCCUUCGCGGAGCAGCGGCUCAGCCCGGAUGACUCCCAUGCCCACCGCCUGGUGCUGAGGAGGGGCACGCUGGCCAGGGGCUCUGUGCGGUGGGGUGCCCUGUGUGUGCUGGAUGCUGCAGCCCUGCAAGGCCACCGCUCCAUGAACCCCUGCCCCGUGCACGACACCAGCACCGGCACCAUCUUCCUCUUCUUCAUUGCCGUGCUGGGCCACACGUCCGAGGCCGUUCAGAUUACUACAGGCAGGAACGCCGCCCGCCUCUGCUGUGUGACCAGCCGCGACGCCGGUUUCACCUGGAGCAGCGCCCGGGACCUCACCGAGGAGGCCAUUGGCGACGCUGUGCAGGACUGGGCCACCUUCGCAGUGGGCCCAGGCCAUGGUGUCCAGCUGCACUCAGGCCGCCUGCUGGUGCCUGCCUACACCUACCAUGUGGACCGUCGCGAGUGCUUUGGGAAGAUCUGCCGGACCAGCCCCCACUCCUUCGCCUUUUACAGUGACGACCACGGCAGCACCUGGCGCCACGGGGGCCUCGUGCCCAACCUGCGCUCGGGCGAGUGCCAGCUGGCCGCACUGGGGGACAGCCUCCUCUACUGCAAUGCCCGGAGCCCCCUGGGCAGCCGUGUGCAGGCCCUGAGCACCGACGGGGGCAGCUCCUUCCUGGCUGGGGAGCUGGUGCCUGCCCUUGCCGAGACGGCCCGGGGCUGCCAGGGCAGCAUCGUGGGCUUCCCAGCCCCACCCCCCAGCAGACCCCAGGGUGACGGAGCGUCCACAGGCACCAGGAGCCUCCCUCACUGUGUGCACCUCUGUCCUGGAUUCCAGGAAGCCCCAGAGGCUGGUGCUGGAGGCCCCUGUGAACCCCAGGUGCCCUGCGGGCCCUCCUGCCUCCCGCAGGCCCGGAGUGCUGGGCUGGGACAAUCUGGCCCAGCGGUGGGGCCUGGGGGGCUCCCUGCAGCCUCUGCGGUGUCCCCUCAGAGGCCUGCCUGGCUGCUGUACUCACACCCCACGGGGCGCAGGGCUCGGCUCCACAUGGGGGUCCGCCUGAGCCGCACCCCCCUGGACCCCCGCAGUUGGACGGUGCCCUGGGUGAUCUACGAGGGCCCUAGCGGCUACUCGGACCUGGCGUCCCUCGGGCCUGUCCUUGCGGGAGCCCCGGCCUUCGCCUGCCUGUUCGAGAGUGGGGCCAGGGCCUCUUACGAGGAGCUCUCCUUCUGCUUGUUCUCGCUGGACGAAGUCCUGGAGAACAUUCCCCCCGGCCGCCAGCCGCCCAGCUGCACGGACAAGCCUUCCGGGACCUGCCAGUCCUCCUGAUGGCCGACGCAGGCUGUGGGAGGCCGGGGUCACCCCAGCAUGGACAGAACCCUGGGAGAGGGGGAGGGAGCUCUGGCAGGGCUGGGGCGGCUCUCAUGGCAGCCGUGGGGGUGGCCGGGCUGGGGACCAGCUGACCCUGGGUGAUGGCCGGCUUCCUUCUGAGGCUGCCUGAGCGGGCGUUGGGACCUCAGAGAGCCCGGGCCCGGGGAUGGCUGCGGCGAGUCUUCUUUCUCACACCCUGGCUCACAAAUGCUGAAUAAACAGGUGAGAGUCCAGGUGGGUGUUUCUUUCCACCAAAUGGGGAGGGCCUUGGACCCCCACCAAAUUUCCCCUCCCCAGCCAGUGUGUUGCUAGAGAAGCUGGCUUGACACGGGCUGAGGGGGCUGCCCAAGGACAGAGGCUGUGGGGAAGCAUCGGGGUGCACCACAGGGGCAGAGCGACUGUGUGAGAGCCAGUCGGGGAGGCCAGAGGGGCCUGCAGUGGACCCUCCAAUCCCUACUUCUCCCAGGCUCGAGUCCGCCUAGACACCAUGGGCUGGGGGUGUAUAUCUACACUGCACACUGGCUCCCUGCAGACAAGGGUGGUUCUGUCUACACUGCACCUCUAACUCCCUGUAGACAAGGGGUUGUCUACACUGCACCUCUAACUCCCUGCAGACAAGGGGUUCUGUCUACACUGCACACUGACUCCCUGUAGACAAGGAGGGGUUCUGUCUAUACUGCACACUGACUCUCUGUAGACAAGGGGGUCUGUCUACACUGCACCUCUAACUCCCAACAGACAAGGGGUUCUGUCCACACUGCACACUGACUCCCUGUAGACAAAGGGGUUCUGUCUACACUGCACACUGACUCCCUGUAGACAAAGGGGGUUCUGUCUGCACUGUACACUGACUCCCUGCAGACAAGGAGGGGUCUGUCUACACUGCACACUGACUCUCUGCAGACAAGGGGUUCUGUCUACACUGCACCUCUGCAGACAAGGGGGGUCUGUCUACACUGCACCUCUAACUCCCUGCAGACAAGGGGGGGUCUGUCUACACUGCAUCUCUAACUCCCUGAAGACAAGGGUGGUCUGUCUACACUACACCUCUAACUCCCUGCAGACAAGGAGGGGUCUGUCUACACUGCACACUGAUUCCCUAUAGACAAGGGGGUUCUGUCCACACUGCACACUGACUCCCUAUAGACAAGGAGGGGUCUGUCUACACUGCACACUGACUCCCUGUAGACAAAGGGGGUUCUGUCUGCACUGCACACUGACUCUCUGCAGACAAGGAGGGGUCUGUCUACACUGCACACUAACUCCCUGCAGACAAGGGGGGUCUGUCUACACUGCACACUGACUCCCUAUAGACAAGGGGGUUCUGUCUACACUGCACACUGACUUCCUGCAGACAAGGGGGUUCUGUCUACACUGCACCUCUAACUCCCUGCAGACAAGGAGGGGUCUGUCUACACUGCACCUCUAACUUCCUGCAGACAAGGGGGUUCUGUCUAUACUGCACACUGAUUCCACGUGGCCUGAUCAAUGGUUCUCUCUGCCCUGGUAUGGACUGAGUGACUUGCCGACCCUGGGUACUGUGUCAGGAUCCCAGCCAGGGCUCCCACUCCAUCCAGCAGUGCUGGGCACGGGCCCCCUGCCUGUGUCCAGUCCCUGCCCACCUGCGAUGCCCAGGAAGGAGUGGGCAGAGGGUGUGGUGGGACAGUGUCCCUGUCCAAACACCUCAAGGCAGGGCUCAGGCUGGGCUGGGGGCUCAUGCUCUGGGUCCCCCCCGCUGUGGCUCAGCCCGGAGGCUCGCUCCCCCAUGUCCAGGCUGGCCACACCAGGGCCACUGAGGAGCUGCAGCUCAGCAGCUGGGUUGAGGCAGGGUUGUGGGUGGGGCUGGCAGCGCUGACACAUGGGACAUGGGCCCCGGAGGGACGGAAACAAUGAGUGUGUUCCCGGAAGGCGUGCAAAGUGCUGACGGCGCCCCCUGGGCUGGCGCCCACCCCCACCCCCAGCCCCGGACGCCAGCCCGGCAGACCGCUUCCUCCUCCCCCGGCUUGGCUUUUUUUUUUUCUUCUUUAAAUUCUGGUAUUUUGGUGCUCAAGUUGCUCCUAACCUCCUUCCUCUGGGACCACGACUGUCCUGUACCCCCCCCCCCCCCCCCCCCCCGCUGCCGGGCUCGUCCAGGACUCACUGCACCUGUGCCCUGCAGAGCUCCCUCCUCCUCCUACUCAGGGCCAGCUGGUGAACCCCUGGCCCUGGGGUAGGGUUCCUUCCAGGGCCUGAUGGGGCCGUCCCCUCCAGGUCUGCUGCCCCUUGCCAACAGCCUUGGUCCUCAGGCCACUGUCAGACCACUGCUGUCUGACUUUAAUUUGUGCUUUUUUUUUUUUUUUUUUAUGAGUGGAGUUGAAAAUCUCAUUGCUUUAGAAAUAUAUGUGGAAGGGAACUUCAAACAGUUUGUGGCACAGCGGGUAAAGCCACCACCGCCUGUGACACCGGCAUCCCACAUCGACGCUGUUUCAAGUCUGGCUGCUCCACUUCUGAUCCAGCUCCCUGCUAAUGGUCUGGGAAAGCAGUGGAGGAUGGCCCGAGUGCCUGGGCCCCUGCACCCACAUGGGAGACCUGGAAGAAGUUCCUGGCUCCUGGCUUUGGUCUGGCUCAGCCCUGGCUGUCGCAGCCAUCUCGGGAGUGAACCAGCAGAUGGAAGAUCUCUGUCUCUCCUCUCUCUCUCUGUAACCCUGACUUUCAAAAUAAAUAAAUAAAUCUUUAGAAAAACAAAAAAUUGUGGAAAAUGGAAUUAAAAGAUAACGCACCACUUGAAUACCCCUUGUAUACUCACAGGUGCAUAUUCGUGUUACACAUGCAUACAUAUGCCUGCACACUGCACACACAUACACAUGCAGCACACGCCUGUGCAAGACACACACAUACAGCCACAUACACAUGUCACAGCGCGCACAUGUAGGUCCACACUGUAUACCCGUAUGUGCUCAUACACACAUGUGUGUACACAGUUUUACCAUCCUGUCCACUUUCCUUCUGCACUCGGAUCCUGGCCCUGCCCAGGCAGUGGCUCCUUCUGUGUGGGAGGCAGUUCUCCGUGGCAGUGAGAACAGCUUCGUCGGUUGGAGGCAAUGGUUCUCUGCCACCCAAGCCUUCUGCUUUCUGACUUGAGGAGCUGGGUACCUAAGUCUCUUCUGUGAUUGCCCUCGACCUGGACCUGCCACAGCCAUGCCAUCAGGGUGAGCUCCUGUCUGUCCUCCUCUUCCUUCUGGCUGUGCAUGGGGGCGCAGCAGGUGUAAUGAGUGCUGUGACUCCACCCAAGUGCCCU